CAAUUGACUGAUUAUCAUUUGUUGACUUGUCAACAAAUUAGCAGAUAUCGUUUGCCAUGAUGACACCUAGAAUCCUGGCCGCUAUCGCGGCAUUCAGCUUAGUCAACAAGAGCUACGCAUGGUAUAACGAACUACCACCCUGCCUAGAUGAGUUCCAACCAUUCGUUCCAGCUGGAUGCUUCGACAACGGUCAAACAGGUGAAAAGGAAGCACUGUCCAUGAAAACCGACCUACCCGUCACGGGGAUGACGACCGAGAUAUGCGUGGCUGAAUGUAAAGGUAAUGGUUUUCGCUAUGCAGGACUAGCUUGGUAUGGAUCUUGCUACUGCGGCCAGACUGUCGAUCGAGCUCUGGUCGACAAUGAUCAAUGUUCCUUGCCUUGCGACGGCAACAGCAAUGAGACAUGUGGAGGAAAUACGCAGAUCAACAUCUACCAGGAUCCUACAUUCCUUCCCGUCAAUGAAACGACAGUAGAGGAAUAUGUCGCUCUUGGAUGCUACACCGAUAGUUCCACGCUUGGCAAGGCUCUCUUCUAUAAACAAGAGCUGGCCCCUGGAGAUGUGACUACUGAAACAUGCCUCGCAUCAUGUCUUGCAGGUGGCUUCCCAUUUGCUGGCACCGAGUAUGGUCAAGAAUGUUAUUGUGGUGUCGUUUUGGGAAACCAGACUGCUCAAGCGGACAUUGCCGAAUGUGCAAUGUCCUGCAACGGCAAUCCCAGCCAAAUCUGUGGCGGCCCGGAUCGUUUGACACUCUACGUUGCGAAAGACCUGUUGUCUUUGGAGCCCUGUGGUUACGAGCCUCCUCCUAUAAGCUCCUCGACGGCCUCUACAAGCUCCAGCACAACACUCUCCUCGUUAAUAACUUCCAGCACUACAUUCUCCUCGAUAACGACGUCCAGCGACAGGCCUUUGACGUCGAUUUCCACCCUGAGCACUGGGUCCUACAAAACAACGACAUAUCCAGUUACCACCACUACAAAAACCUCCACCAGUUCGACCGUAACGGUACCGUUGUGCACUGCUACCACAACUAGUCCCCCGACUUGCGAAUACAAAUGUGGUAAAUGGUGCUCGACUCCGCUACCUGAUUGGAAUGACAGUACUAGCUGCCUGAUUGGCUGGUCUUCAUGUGCUCUCCAAGUGACCAGCUGCUUCAGUCACGCAGGAUGGCCCGAUGUUAUGGACUGUUUUAAUUUCCUGGAGUGGUGUGGUGACAUACAGAACUACUGCACCGGUAGCUGUAGUAAAGGGAAGUCUUGCGGUGGCAAAUCCGAGUGCUUCAAGGAAAUCCCCCCGGCCAAUAGCAAGCCUGGCACCACCUCAACUUCAGUAUAUCCCUGCACGACGACCAAGACUACAUCCACCAAAAGCUCGAGCACCACUUCCAGCAAACCGACAUCCAGCUACCCCGUGCCGACUCCAACAGGUGUCUGCAAGCAACCCGUAAAUUCCAAGUACGGGUACGACACAGAUCACCCGGUUGGCGACAUCAAACUGCCAGUCGUGACCUGUAACAACCUCGAGUCCGACUACAGGUCCGGCAACGUUUUCAAGCUCUACACCGAGUCCGACAGCAAGACCUGUCCAUCGUAUCCGAGGUCGAAAUGCCCCACGGCGUGCGCAGAGGCGUGCAAGGCGCAAUACAACGACUGCCUUGGCGUCUACGCCGAGGGCUGCAAGACCAACGGCAAGUCCGGCGACAAGAGCUACGGCACCGGAUACUAUAGCGCUCGCAAGAACCGCCAUCGAGACUAUGCCGCUCCCGAAAGGCCCAAACGACGCACGCUUGACAGGUUUUCAGAGAGCUACGAGAGUGCGGCGUUGCGGUGCAAGCAGCAGUACAUAGAUUGCUUGGACGCGAACAAGGCGGUGGCAGGCACUGGAAAAUGCACCCAGUAUGGUGAGGGGUGGUGAGAGCAUGAUUGAGAAGUCGAAGUUGAGACUGGGAGAUAAAAUUGCAUUCGAUUAAUGGCCACUUUCAAGAACCGGG